GGGGGGGGAAGGGCAGGUUUUAUUAGCUUAAGUGGUGCUCUGGGAUUGGGAGGUUAAUAAGGAAUACAGUCCUCUCACUGGCUCAAGAAUUGCUGAUCAUUUUCCUUCCUGGAGACUGGACUCUCUGGUCCUUUUUCCCUCUGUUUCCUGUAAUCAGAAGAGACAGAGAAACUAGCUGCUACCCUUCACACCUGACUGUCCCACUGGGCAGUGAGCCAGCCAACCACCUGUCCAGGGGAAGCAGCCUCCCUCAAAGCUUGCAAGCCCCAAAGAAGGGGGAGGGAAUUUCAGUGAGUGCUGAGACUUCGGACAGAACCCACAGAGGGAGGACACUACCACCCACAGCCUCCCAGAGCUCACUGCAGUGGACUGGACCCUCUCUGGAGGUCACCGAUGCCCCAGCCCCAGCAGCUCCCGGGGCUGCUGUUGGCAGCCAUGUCUCCGGGUCGCCCAAGCCUCUGGGUGCUCGUGGUCCUGGGCACUGGGUGGCUGGGCUUGGGGCAGCAUGUGGCUGAAGCAGCUGUCCGACAUCGCUACAUAGCUGCUCAGAUCAUCAACUGGACCUAUCGCCCUCAGACCAACAACCCAAGUUUAAAUCCUUCAGAGCCUACCUUUAAGAAAAUGGUCUACAGAGAGUAUGAAUCUGGUUUCACACAAGAAAAACCAACAUCGGACAUUUCAGGACUUCUGGGACCUACUCUUUUUGCUGAAGUUGGAGACACCUUGAAGGUUCACUUUAAGAAUAUGGCUAAGAAGCCUUUAUCCAUCCAUCCCCAAGGAAUUGAAUAUAACAAACUGUCUGAAGGUGCCUCUUAUGCAGACCAAACAUCCCCAGUGGAGAAGCUGGAUGAUGCUGUCCUUCCAAAUCGGGAAUAUACCUACACAUGGUUCAUCACUGAAGACAGUGGACCUACAGAUGAUGAUCCUCCUUGCCUCACAUAUUUCUAUUACUCCUAUGAUAACUUAGUAAUAGAUUUCAACUCUGGUCUUAUUGGACCUUUGCUCAUCUGUAAGAAAGGCAGCCUUACUGAGAAUGGGAUUCAAAAGAUGUAUGACCGGCAACACGUGCUGAUGUUUGCAGUGUUUGAUGAAAGCAAAAGCUGGCAGCAGUCACCUUCCCUGAUGUAUACAGUCAACGGCUAUGUGAAUGGAACACUGCCAGAUAUAACAGUUUGUGCCUAUGACCAAAUUAGUUGGCAUCUAAUCGGAAUGAGCUCUGGUCCUGAACUAUUUUCUAUUCAUUACAACGGGCAGGUCCUGGAACAUAACUCUCAUAAAGUCUCAGCCAUCCCACUCAUUGGAGCCUCAUCAACCACGGCAAAUAUGACUGUGAGCCAUGAGGGAAGGUGGAAGAUAUCUUCUCUCAUCCCAAAGCAUAUUCAAGCUGGGAUGAAGGCUUAUCUCAAAAUUGAAAAAUGCCCCAAAACCACCAGAAAGGUAAACAAAUUAACCCGAGAUCAGAGGCGUUACAUUAAAAAGUGGGAGUAUUUCAUUGCUGCAGAGGAAGUUAUUUGGGACUAUGCCCCAGAAAACCAGGAGAACAAGAACAAGAGAUACAACUUUUGGCACAAAAAUAACCCAAACCAAAUUGGGACACGUUAUAAGAAGGUUGUCUACAAACAGUACCAAGAUGAAACUUUCACUAAACGCAAAGAAAGUAAUGAUAAAUCCAAAGAAAAUAAAGAACCUGAAGAAAUUAGUAUCUUGGGUCCUAUCAUUAGAGCCCAAGUAAGAGAUACCCUUAAAAUUGUAUUUAAAAAUAUGGCCAGCCGUCCCUAUAGUAUUUAUCCUCAUGGAGUAACACUUUCCACAGAUGAUGAAACAGCUAUGAAUUUUUCUACUUCAGGCAACAACACCUUGGUCAAAGCUGUCCAACCAGGAGAAACUUACACUUAUAAGUGGAACAUCCUGGAAUCUGAUGAACCCACAGAAAAUGAUGCUCAAUGCUUAACAAGGCCAUAUUAUAGUACUGUGGACAUCCCAAGGGACAUUGCCUCAGGCCUGAUUGGGCUACUGUUGAUUUGUAAGAGCAGAACCUUGGACAACCGAGGGGUCCAGAGGACAGCAGAUUCUGAGCAACAAGCUGUGUUUGCUGUAUUUGAUGAGAAUAAAAGCUGGUACAUUGAGGACAAUAUUAAUACAUUUUGUGAAAACCCCUCUUCUGUGAAACGAGAUGAUCCAAAGUUUUAUGAGUCUAACAUUAAGAGUACAAUAAAUGGCCUUUUGCCUGAGAGUAUACCGACCCUGGGAUUUUGUUACGAAGACACUGUCCAGUGGCACUUUUGUAGUGUGGGUGUCCAGGAUGAGAUUCUUACCCUUCACGUGACUGGCCACUCAUUCUUAUAUGGAAAAAGACACGAAGAUGUCCUGACGCUCUUCCCUAUGAGUGGAGAAUCUGUAACUGUCACAAUGGAUAAUGUUGGAACCUGGAUGCUCACUUCUAUAAGUUCUAACCACAGGAGCCGAAACCUUAAGUUGAGAUUCAGGGAUGUUAAAUGUAUAAGGAAUUAUGAUGAUGACUCCUAUGAAAUUUUAUUUGAUGAUAGUUUGGAAAAAGUUGUCACAGAGAAGAAUAAAAUUAACACCAGAAAUAUGCUUGAUUCAGAGGAAGAAAAAUGGCUUGAUGAUAGUGAUUAUCAGGAUCAACUGGCUUUGCAGUUUGGUAUUAGAUCAUUUAAAAAUUCGUUAGGACCUCAGGAGGGAGAUGAGCUUCUUAAUCUCACUUCUUUGUUUAUGGAAGAAGUCUCUGAAAUGACUCCCCUAAACAUGACUACAUCUUUGGAGACCUCUCAGACUUCCCCAAAAGACUCUGGUAAUAGUUCCAAACUUCAAGCCACCCUUCCUUACUCAGUAAUCACAACAACUGGAUCUCCCUUGAAGAACAUCACCACUACAGGUACACACUCCAUUACAUCAUACGCUGUAGACUCCAAUCUGAAGAAUUCCAGAUCCCAUUCUGAAGAACUUGUCAAUAAGAAUACAAAUUCGGCUACCGUGGGGACAGCUUUGUCACCUCUUGGUGCAGGAGGAUUCCAAAGCCAAGAAGAUGUCAAGAAGGCAGGCCGGCAGGCCAACAAGGAGACUUCCACAUUUAUCACUACCUCAGCUAACCAACCUGAGGCAGAAAGAAAUAUAUCAGUACAAUCCAAUCAUCCACAGGUAGAACUACCAACAGGAAAUGUGAGGGUGAAUUUAACUCUAGAACUCCCUGAUCUCCAUAGAAGUGACAUUCCCAACUCCAGAGCAGGAACACAAGAUCUUCUAGAUGAUCUGGUAGUUGUUAACCAGAAGGAUGCACCAAAGGUUUUGAAUGGGAAAUGGAAUUUGGUUUCUGAGAAAGGGAGCUAUGAAAUCAUCAAAGAUACAAAUGAAGAUGAGGUGGAAGAUAAGCUGUUGAACAACCCCCAGGAUGGUGCAACAUCUUGGAGAGAAGGAAUUCCUUCUGCUAAUUGGCACAAACCUUUAAAAAUAGGAAAGAACAGAGAAAAUGGUAGGUUCAGGAAAUCUUCAGUUUUGAUUAAGACCCGAAAAAGGAAAAGAGUUAAGUUGGCAGAUAAUUUACUGAUGUCCCCCAGAGGUUUCAGUCCUCUAAAAGGAAGGUACAGUGCCACAUUGCCCCACAGAGGAUUCAAUCACUCACUCUCAUCCAAUGAUUCCAAUGAGAUACUAUCCCCAAAGGACCUAGAACAAGCAUCCCCCACUUUAUAUCUUGAUCAGAAUUUCUCUGCUGUGGACCUGGAUCAGAAAUUUCCCCCAGCAGAGUUUAGUAAGAUGUCUUCUGAUCCAAAGUUCAGUGAAAUAUUCUCCACUCUAGACCUUGUUUCUACUACCCAUCCUCCAAAUGUCUAUCAGACAUCUUCCCUUCCAGAUCAUCAUCAAACACCUUCCCCUCUAGCCCCUUAUGAGGUAUUCACCCACCCAGAUCUUAAUGAGACUCCUUUUCCUCCCUCCUUCGAUGAGACAACUCCCCCUCCAGAUCUCUAUGAGAUUCCUUUCCCUCCCUCCUAUUAUGAGUCAACUCCCCCUACAGACUUCUAUGAAGCAUCCUUUUCUCCAGAUCUUAAUGAGACUCCUUUCCCUCCCUCCUUCUAUGAGACCACUCCCCCUCCAGAUCUUUAUGAGAUUACUUUCCCUCCCUCCCUUUAUGAGACAACUCCCCCUCCAGAUCUCUAUGAGAUUCCUUUCCCUCCCUCCCAUUAUGAGUCAACUCCCCCUACAGACUUCUAUGAAGCAUCCUUCUCUCCAGAUCUUAAUGAGACUCCUUUACCUCCCUCCUUCUAUGAGACCACUCCCCCUCCAGAUCUUUAUGAGACUACUUUCCCUCCCUCCCUUUAUGAGACAACUCCUCCUCCAGAUCUCUAUGAGAUUCCUUUCCCUCCCUCCCAUUAUGAGUCAACUCCCCCUACAGACUUCUAUGAAGCAUCCUUCUCUCCAGAUCUUAAUGAUAUACCUUUCCCUCCCUCCCUCUAUGAGACCACUCCCCCUCCAGAUCUCAAUGAGACUCCUUUCCCUCCCUCCUUCUAUGAGUCAACUCCCCCUCCAGACUUUUAUGAAGCAUCCUUCCCUCCAGAUUUUUAUGACACAACUCCCCCUCCAGAUUUCUAUGAAGCAUCCUUCUCUUCAGAUUUCUACGAGACAACCCCUCCUUCAGACAACUAUGAAGCAGCUUCCCCUCCUGAUCUCAAUUGGAAUUCCUCUGCUUUGGAUCUGAAUCAAACCCAUUUCCUAUCAGAGGUUGGUCAGAUAUUCCCUUCUCCAGAGUUCAGUGAGAACUUGCCUCCAGACCUUAGUCAUACACCCUCCUCUCCAGUUCUUGAAUCAAUAUCCCAAUCACUUCCAUCCCAAAUCAAUGUUACUUUGACACCAAGACAAGUUAAUCCAGCAAUUAUAGUGGGUCUUACCAAAGCUGAUGGGGGUUAUGUUGAGUAUAUUCCAAGGCAGGAUGUCAAAGACAGUGAUGAUGAUGAUGAUGAUGAUGAUGAUGAUGAUGAUGAUUAUUUUGAAGCCACAUUUGUACCCUAUGAUGACCCUUAUAAAACAGAUAGAAGGACAGAUACAAGCUCACUCCGAAACCCUGACAACAUUGCAGCAUGGUAUCUUCGAAGCCACAAAGGAAAUAGAAAAAAUUACUACAUUGCUGCUGAGGAAGUACUUUGGGAUUAUUCAAAAUUCUCAAAAAGCAUGAGGAAGACUGAUGAUGCUGAGGAUAUUAUAGAGAACACAGUGUAUAAGAAAGUGAUUUUUCGGAGCUACCUGGACAAUACCUUUUCAGUGCCUGAUCCUCGGGGAGAGAAUGAUGAUCACCUUGGAAUCCUUGGCCCUAUUAUCAGGGCUGAAGUAGACGAUGUGAUCCAAGUUCGUUUUAAAAAUCUAGCCUCCAGGCCAUAUUCUCUCCAUGCCCAUGGGCUUGCCUAUGAAAAAUCAUCAGAGGGAAAGAGCUAUGAAGAUGACUCCCCGGAAUGGUAUCAGGAUGACAAUGCCAUUCAGCCCAAUGGCAGUUAUACUUACGUAUGGCACGCGACAGACCGAUCCGGUCCAGAAAAUCCUGGGCCUGCUUGCCGAGCUUGGGCUUACUACUCAGCUGUGAAUCCGGAAAAAGAUAUCCAUUCAGGCCUAAUAGGCCCCCUUGUGAUCUGCCGAAAAGGAACACUCCAUAAAGAAAGCAACAGGCCCAUAGACAUGCGAGAGUUUGCCCUACUUUUUAUGGUCUUUGAUGAAAAGAAGAGCUGGUAUUUUGAUAAAAAGCCUAAAAGGAUUUGGACAGGCUUAUCCUCAGAAGUGAAAAACGCUCACAGGUUUCAUGCCAUCAAUGGUUACAUCUACAAUUUGCCAGGACUAAGGAUGUAUGAAAAGGAGAGAGUGAGAUGGCACUUGCUGAAUAUGGGUGGUUCCCAGGAUAUCCAUGUGGUUCACUUUCAUGGCCAGACAUUGCUGGAGAACGGAACCCAAAAGCAUCGUUUGGGGGCUUGCCCUUUGCUUCCUGGUUCAUUUAAAACUCUUGAAAUGAAGGCAUCAAGACCUGGCAUAUGGCUCUUAGACACUGAGGUGGGAGAAAAUCAGAUAGCAGGAAUGCAAACAUCAUUCCUUAUAAUAGAUAAAGAAUGCAAGAUGCCCAUGGGCUUAAGUACUGGCAUUAUAGCUGAUUCACAAAUAAGUGCAUCCAGUUUCCUGGGUUAUUGGUACCCUAAAUUAGCAAGAUUAAACAAUAGUGGAUCUUAUAAUGCUUGGAGUGUAGAAAAACAACUACAUUCUCUUUCGUCUGAACCCUGGAUCCAGGUGGACUUCGAAACAGAAGUUGUACUUAGUGGGAUACAGACCCAGGGAGCCAAACAGUACCUGACAUCUUACUAUACCACCCAGUUCCGUGUGGCGUAUAGCUCCGACAAAAGAAUGUGGAGGUACUUCAAAGGGAACAGCACUUCAAAGCAGGAGUACUUUGAGGGUAAUUCAGAUGCCACCAGCAUCAAAGAAAAUCCUUUUGACCCACCCAUCGUGGCUAAAUACAUCCGAAUCUCCCCAACCCACUCGUAUAAUAGACCUACUCUCCGCCUGGAAUUGCUGGGCUGCCAGGUCCAAGGUUGCUCCACACCCCUGGGUAUGGAAAGUGGAAAGAUACAAAACAAUCAGAUUACAGCUUCAUCAACGAGAAAAUCUUGGUUGGGAGGUUACUGGUCACCCUUCUAUGCCCGUCUCAAUGCACAAGGCCGUGUGAAUGCCUGGCAAGCCAAGUCGAAUAACAACAAGCAGUGGCUGCAGAUAGACCUGCUCAAAAUCAAGAAAAUAACGGCAAUUACAACCCAAGGGGCCAAGUCUUUCUCGAAUGAAAUGUAUGUGAUGACUUAUGCUAUCUUCUACAGUGAUCGUGGCACAGACUGGAAACCUUAUAAGGACAAAUCAUCCAUAAGGGAAAAGAUUUUUGUGGGAAAUGUUAAUCCCAAAAGCCAGGUCAAGAAUUUUUUCAACCCUCCCAUCUUUUCCAGGUUCAUCCGUCUCAUUCCCAAGUCAUGGAAUCACAGCAUUACUCUUCGAUUAGAACUCUUUGGCUGUGAUAUUUACUAGAGGCAGGAUAGAUAUUAUGCAUUCAAAAGCAGAGGAAUACCCUUUGAGUCUUUAAAUAAUUUAGCACUGGUUUUCUUUUUUGUAGCUAUUUCUAAAUGUCAGGUUUCAAAAGAUUUUUUCCACUAUUGCUUUUUUCUCUCAUAUCUAACAGAAACUAGGAUUUUCUCAAGAGAUUUUCUAGUUUAUUUUUUUCCCCACUAAGAAAUAAGAAGAUAGUUCUGAUUUGGCAGCAUUGAUUACAUUAACAUGGAAAAAUAUUGAAAGUUACUAGUACCCAGCUGAAUUAAAGCAUUGUUGAUCACACAUAGAAUCUUGAUUGUUACUCCAGAAUACCCAGAUUUGGGCAUUUUUUUAGCCCAGAUGUCCUCAUUAGCAUAGGUUAUUAAUAGUGAUAGUGUAUUAUACUCACAUUUCCAGGAAAGUGAUUUUCAGUGAUGAACUGGAAGCAUUUGGAAGGUUGGUCAAAGACAAAAUGAACCAUUUCAAGGUUGGCAAUUUUAAAAACUCUGUGAGGUCACCAAUAAAAAAUCUUUAGUGUUUUGCAGUAAUAAA